AUGUGAACCAUGGAUGAGUGAUUUACAGACAUAAACAAAUCCAUCUUGAUAAAAUAAUUGGCAACACAGGGAUGAUUUUGAAAUCAGAAAAAGUACAGCAUUUAAUGUGUAUUUAGAGCAAUCAAGAUGACUUCAAAUCUAAGAUACGAAGAUAUAGAAUUUGAUGUUGAUUCAAUGGUAAAGGCUGCCAAAAACCAAGUAGAUUUCCUGCAUCUUGUUGACAAAGUAGCAAAUCUUUAUGAAGGGGAGGUUGUAAGACAAGCUAUUUUUAGAUAUGAGAAAUUUUGGCUGCCAUUGUUAGCUGUCAAUGACCACCUACAUGUAGCAGCGCCAUUAGAUAUAUGCUGGAUAUGGCACUGUCACAUGUUAUCACCAUUGGCUUAUGCCAGAGACUGCAACAAAAUAUUCGGGAAAAUUUUCAGCUACAAACAUAUGGAUACCCAGGAGAGAAUGGAAGGACUUAUAACUGCUGAACAACUUUGGAAACAGAUGUACCCCAAUGCACCAUUUUAUAACAGUGAUCUCAUGACCUUUGAAAUUCCAUCAGGUUUUGUGUCCUGUCUGACUUAUGACUUAGAAGCUGCUGUCAGUAGACAGAGGGCGUUUUAUUAUCAAGUGUCCUUACCACAUUAUACUGAUAACAAAUUUCUGGAAAGCAGCCUUGUUCGUUACAAGAAGUUUCUUCACAUGAAACGUUGCUAUCCUGACAGUUUUAUCGUGCCUUGUUAUGACAUUGACUUGAUAUGGCAUACCCAUCAGCUGUUUCCAUUGUUAUACAAAACAGAUACAAUGUUACUUCUAGGAGAGCACUUCAACCAUGACGAUUCAGUGAAUGAUAGAACCGAGGGAUCAAAAUUAUGCAGGUCCAUGUCGGAAACUCAAACUAUGUGGGAGGAAUUGUUCAAUGAAAAGUUUACUAAUAUAGCCUCCAUGUACAGGGGAUUACCUCCAAAUGGAAAACUUAACAAUGUUUCAAAAGAUGUUGUAUUUCAGAGUAGUCACAAACUGGCUAACCUUGAAAUACAAAGCAUAGAUGUCGUACGAGAAUCAGCAAACAGUAUGAAGAAAAAAAUAUGUGGUGUUAAAUUAUGUACAGAAUUUACUUCUGGGAUCAGAAUUGAUCUUCUGAAAUUGAAAAAGCCAACAAAAGAAAAUAGAUGGACAAAAGAGACUCAUGACAUAUCAGUUUUUGAUAUAGAUUCCAGAUUUUGUGAUAUCAUCACUGUUAAAGUCAAGCAAUCUGGAAAGAUUGGAAUUUUUAAAGAAAACGUCAAAGGGUGUAUAGAAAUGAAUCCACUACUGGCAAAAUGUAUGACAAUGGAUGAGAAAAUAUAUGAAGACACAAUUGUCAAUCUUUCUGAUGGAUCAUUACUGGAGAUGAAGUAUGGUAUAACAGUUACAUCACUCAGCACAUGUGUAUUAACAUUACACAUGGGAAAUUUCGAGUCCUGUGUCAUGCCUGAGUACAUUGAACAGCUGUGGGGACCUGUAACAUUGCCACGCCUACCUGAGGGUACAGAUAAUGUCUGCUCAGUUGCGUCUCAUAAAAUUGUCAACAUGACAGGAGCUGUAACCUUUACAUGUCGUAUUAUACACAGUAUCCCAUUAUUGAUGUCAGCCAUACAUGUGUUCUGUAAGGAUAAACUAAGUGUUGUUUGCCAGCUUAUUGGAUCUGACCAACUACCAGUUCAAUCACAGGUAGCAGAUCAUAAGAAGUGUGUGACACUUGAUCCUGUAAAAUUUGAAAGAGCUAUUUUAAUAAAGAAUAAUGAUGGCGACUGGGGCAUUGCACUUGGACAGUGGUCAGGAUUCAGACGAGGAAAGAGUGGUGGUGCUUCUGGUGAUCCAGGUCAUUUGAAGGUUAAAUUGUACAAGAUGGCCAACAAGUCAUGGAUAGAUUUAGAUCUGCGAAAUUGCUACUCCCUUGGUUCCUACAAGUUUACAAUUGAUGAAACAGAGGUUGACCUAGUCAAUGGUACAUUAAUGACCAAACCAGAUAGUAAGACCAUUGCUGAACAUAUAGCAGUGUCCUUCAGUGUUUCCCUUCUCCAUGUGCUUUGUCAACCACACCAAAAUGAUUGGGAACCAGGACAAGAGAACAAGGUUGAAAUGAGAGGUCGUAGAAGAAUUCAGACCCUGAAUGUUGGCAAAGUGGCCAUGUUUACAGCAGCAGGAAUGGCCAUUGCAACACCAUCUAACCAUCAUAUUAGGAAAAAAUAUGGUAGACGAUAUUAUCCAUGUUAUAUGGGUGGAGCCACUGUUCUCUAUUUAGGUGACAAUUCUGGAUCUGAUUGGGGGACUGAUUUUGAUGGUUGUGGAAAUGGUUGUGGUUAUGGGUUUGGUAGUGACUGUAACGCAGAUGGGGAUGUCAAUGGUGAUACUGAUGGUGGUGAUGGGGAUGGAGGCGAUGAUGAUGGGGGAGAAGGGGACGGUGGGGGUUGUGGAGGGUGUGGUGGUUGUGGGGGUGGUGAUGGAUUUGGUGGAGGAGAGGGUGGUGGGGGUGGAUGGGAUUCUGGAGGUGGUGGGGGUGGCUGGGACUCUGGUGGUGGGGGUGAUGGUGGUGAUGGUGGUGGGGGUGGUGGCUGGGGAGGUGAUAGUGGGGGUGGGGGUGAUGGUGGUGGAGGGGAUGGUGGUGGAUGUGGUGGUGGUGGAUGUGGAGGGGGAGGAUGUGGGGGUUGUGGGGGCUAA